AUGGAGGAGAUGAUAUCUUUUGCAAUUAAAGAAAAAGAGAAUGUUAAAUUUAACGAAAUUAAUAAGAAAUUUAAUAGGUUUAUGAAAAUACAUUCUUUUAAAAAUCCAGUUUUCAAGUAUGUGCUGACACAUAAAUACUAUAAAAUAUUAUUAGCCUAAUAGUAUGAAGAUUCUAUCUUAGAAGAGGGUUGGCAAAAGUAAGAUUAAUAACAAAGAUAAGUUGAACACCUAGCUUAAUUAUUCAGUUAAAGGCAUUUAAAGCGCUACCAUUAUUGGACAAUUUAUAUAAUGAUAUUUAUUGAUCAUGAUCAUGAAGCUGAAAACUAAAAAAUUGUUAUUUGA